AUGAGCAACCUUCCAGCUGACAAUGAACAGUAUGGCUCGGUAGAUUAUUGGAAUUCGCGGUAUGCAGAGGAGCGGGAAGAGGAUCGGUUCGAAUGGUUCAAGUCCUACAAGGAUCUAUCAACCUUGAUCGAUCGUUAUGUGCCUCAAACUGCCCAGAUUUGCAUGCUUGGCUGCGGGAAUUCUAGCCUCUCCAAGGACAUGUAUGAUUCUGGGUUUCAGAAGAUCGUCAAUGUCGAUUACUCGCAAAUCCUGAUUGAUCGAAUGCGAUCUCAGCACGACGAAAAUUGUCCCGAAAUGUCCUGGAUACAAGCCGACGUCAGGCACCUCCCUUUUGCAGAUUCAUCAUUUGAUGCCGCUAUUGAUAAAGGAACAAUGGAUGCUCUGAUGUGUGCCAAGGGAGACGUUUGGGACCCUCCCGAAGAGGUCGUCGAGAAUUGUAAGAUGGAAGUGGAUGAAGUGGCAAGAAUACUUAAGCCCGGAGGGGUUUUCAUCUACGUCACUUUCGGUCAACCGCACUUCAGAAAAAGACAUCUCCAGCGCCCGGGUAUUUGGUCAGUCGAAGUGAUCGAGUUGGGAGACAUGUUCCACUAUUAUUUCUACGUGAUGAGGAAGCAAAUGGAGCCCCAACCCUGA